UCAAAGCAACGUGCGCGAAAAGACUUCGAGCUGUGCAAGUUUUUGUAUAAUUUAGUGAAUUUUAUCAUAAAAAAUAGACAAAUAAUGUCUUCAGAUUGCGUGGAAGAGGUGGAGGUCAUCCAGGAGAAUCCUGAGCAGCCUCUGAGCAAGAAACCUUGCCUUGAGGAAGCACAGAACGGCGAGGAAGCAGCAGAAGAUGGCAAAACAGAAGUUCUCUCGAAGAGGAAGAUCAAAAAGCUAGCAAAGCUGGAGAAAUGGGAAGUGUGGAAGAAGAUAAAGCGCCAGCGGGAGCGUGAGAAGAUGAAACAGAGGCGCCAGGAAGCUGUCAAGGCGGGAAUUGAGCGCACAACUCCCUCAAGGAAGGCACUAAAGCGCAACACCAUAUCCCAAAGUUCUAAUCCCAUUUCCGUGGUCAUUGAUCUGGAUUUUGAUGAUCUCAUGAUUGACAAGGAUGUGUGCAAGUGUGUAAAGCAGCUCCUCCGUAUCUACACGGUUAAUAGACGCUCCCAAACCCCAAUUCCUCUCUACUUUACGGGACUCCGGAAGGAUGGACGGAUCCAGAAGACACUGGAGAGGAAUGAUGGCUACCAGAACUGGGAUGUGAAGAUCUCCCAUGAAUCAUUCCUGGACUUAUUCCCCAAGGAAAAGAUUAUCUACCUCACGAGUGAUUCAGACAACGUUCUGGAGGCUCUGGAGGAUGAUCAUGUGUACAUAAUCGGUGGAUUAGUUGACCACAAUUCCCAGAAGGGACUCUGUCAUAGGAUUGCUGAGGAAAAGGGGCUCCGGCACGCCCGCCUGCCGCUCAAUGAGAACGUUGUGAUAAAAACCCGAACCGUCCUGACCAUUAAUCAUGUUUUUGAAAUUCUUCUGCGAGUCACAGAGAAGUCUUCGUGGAAGGAUGCCAUCCUGAGUGUUCUUCCCAUGCGGAAAGGUGCUAAAGCAAAAGGUCAGGAGGAGGAUCAACAAAAGGAGGAGGAAGAUAGUGAAGAGCAUUCAAAAGCCACUACACAGUGAGAAGAAACAUUCUCAACAAUUUCUUUACCUCUGCCUUGCAACACCAAGGGGCUAACAACUAGCUAAAAAAAAAGAAUUAAUUGUUAAAAAAUAAGAAAUAAAAUUAUUUUUCAAAAAAAAAA